AUGUCAGCCGUGGUUUACCUCAAAAUCUUCAACGGGGAUAAACAGGAUGUCACAUUGGUCUGCUCAAAAACGAAGGUCGCACCGCUCAAAAGGCUGACAAUUCCACGUCUAGAACUCACUGCAGCUCUUCUCCUUGCCAAACUGACCAAAUACGUCAAGGACCAACUCAACCUCACAAACGCCACCACGUAUCUUUGGACGGACUCAGCGAUCACGCUUACCUGGAUCAGCUCUCAUUCAUCAAGGUGGAAGGAGUUCGUGAAGAACAGGGUGUCACUCUUUCAAGACCUCACUCAGCAGGCUCACUGGAGGUUGGUACCAGGCAAGGAGAAUCCUGCAGACUGUGCGUCUCGAGGUCUAUCAGCGCAUCAGCUGGUCGCUCAUAAGCUGUGGUGGACAGGGCCGCCAUGGCUUCAACAGGACAGCUCUUCAUGGCCGACUCACGCCUUGGAAAAGGACCUUAACGUAGACCUCGAGGAGAAGCCAGGAGUUCUCUUACAUCUCAAGGCUCAACCAAUCGCUCUCUGGGAUCUCAUCGACAGAUUCUCUUCGCUCAACCGUCUGCUCAGGGUCACAGCAAUCUGUCGAAGAUUCAUCGCUCGGCUCAGGAGAGUCCCUCAUUCAUCUCUUCAGUACCCGCUCACACUUGGUGAUCUGGAAGAGGCUCGGAUCCUCUGGAUCAAACUCACGCAGGCAGCUCACUUCAAGGAUCAGCUCAGAUCAAUCUCACGAGGGGAGAGGUUCAGUAAAUCUCACCCUCUCACCAAGCUUACACCCUUCAUCGAUCACCAAGGGGUACUGACAGUUGGCGGACGGCUCAAGUUCGCUCAUAUUGGCCCAGAGAGCCGGAAUCAAGCUAUCAUUCCGAGGGAAUCUCGGCUGGCUCAACUGCUCAUAGGACAAGCUCAACUCAGGACACUCCACGGAGGCACACAGCUCACUUUGCGACAGCUCAGAAGCAGCUACUGGAUACUCGGAGGCCGGGCACCAGUACGCUCCUUCAUACUCAAAUGCGUCAAAUGCACUCGCCAACGUGAAGUACGCGCGCAACAGCUCAUGGGCCAGUUGCCACCAGCAAGACUCUCCCCCGUUCGCGCCUUCCUCAACACGGGAGUCGACUAUGCCGGCCCCGUAUCGCUACGCUCAUGGAAAGGACGGGGUCACAAGUCGUACAAGGGCUGGUUGGCUAUCUUUGUCUGCAUGACCACCUCAGCGGUUCAUCUCGAGGUCGUGUCGGACUAUUCAGCUGAAGGGUUCAUCGCAGCAUAUAGGCGCUUCACAAGUCGGCGUGGGAUAGCUCACUCCUUGUUCAGUGAUUGCGGGACCAAUUUUCUUGGCGCUGACAAGGAACUCAGGAAGCUCUUCUCAUCAGGAUCAGCUCAUUCCAGACAGCUCGCUCAGCUCCUUAUUAAUGAUGGGACCCAGUGGUCAUUCAAUCCUCCAGGCGCUCCACACUUUGGAGGGAAAUGGGAAGCGGCGGUGAAGUCGGUGAAGUUCCAUCUCACCCGAACGAUCGGAGAGGAUCUGCUCACUUUUGAGGAACUCACCACUUUGCUCGCUCAAAUCGAGGCGGUGCUCAACUCACGACCACUGGAACCGCUCACGGAUGAUCCUUAUGACUGCUCAGCCUUGACACCGGGACACUUUCUGAUCGGUCAGGCUCCCACGACUCUUCCGGAACCAUCUUUAGAGCAACUCAACAUCUCGAGACUCUCUAGAUGGCAGCUCAUUCAGCAGAAACUCCAAGGAUUCUGGAAGAGGUGGUCCACGGGAUAUCUCCAACGUCUUCAGGCGAUAUCCAAGUGGCACCAUCCGAUUCAUCAACUGCGGAUCGGCUCACUGGUUCUACUCACGGACGAGAGAUUUUCGCCAACGAAGUGGCUUCUCGCCCGAGUGACUGCUCUGCACCCAGGAUCGGAUGGACUCACCAGGGUAGUCACCAUCAGGACUGCUCAGACGACGCUGACGAGGCCAAUCGCCAAGCUCGUCAUCUUGUCCAUCUCACCUUCCGAGGAAUAG